AUGUCCGAGGCCGCAAAACCCGCCGCAAAACCCGCAGAGGAGCCGUCGACUGCCCAAGCUGAUUUCACAAAGUACAAGACCGCGGCGGACAUUGUACACAAUGUCAUGAAGAAACUUGUGGAGCUGAGUGUGGAGGGCGCGAAAGUGCUUGACCUCUGCGUAGAAGGUGACAAGCUCAUUGAACAAGGAACUGGCGCCGUGUACAACAAGUCGGCCAAGGGCGUGAAAGUUAGCAAGGGCCUUGCGUUUCCUACCUCCGUAUCCGUAAACAAUGCCGUGGCUCAUUUCUCACCGCUUGCAUCUGAUCCUCUGUCGGAGCAAACGCUCGCCCAGAACGAUGUCGUCAAGCUCCACGUUGGGGCGCACAUCGAUGGUUUCGCCGCGGUCAGCGCAGAGACCCUUGUAGUAGGCGCGACGGAGCAAGAUCCUGUUACUGGUAGGCGCGCAGAUGUCCUGAAAGCAGCCUGGAGCGCGGCGGAGAUCGCGAUGCGGCUCGUGAAAGUUGGAAAUAAGAACUGGACUAUCACUGACACCGUCAAUAAGGUGACCGCGGCGUGGGGCUGCAAAGCGGUCGAAGGGAUGCUGUCGUGCCAGCAGAUGCAAAAUGUAAUUGAUGGGAAGAAGCGCAUCAUUCUUAAUCCGUCUGAAGCACAGAAGAAGGAAUUCGAGACAGCAACAUUUGCAGAAAACGAAGUGUACGGCAUCGACAUUCUCAUUUCUUCCGGAGAGGACGGCAAGGCCCGCCUCGAAGAGUCGCGAACGACGAUCUACCAGAAGGACUCAAACGUCACAUAUCAACUCAAGAUGAAGACAUCGCGUGCUGUAUUCUCUGAGGUGCAAAAGAAGGCGGGAGCUUUCCCCUUCAACGUCCGCUCUCUAGAAGACGAGAAGCGAGCUCGGUUGGGCCUGCAGGAGGCUGUUCAACACGGUCUGGUCAAGCCUUACGAGGUCGUCUUCACACCUGCGAACACAUUCGUCGCUGGCUUCCACUUCACGAUCGCGCUUCUACCUGCCGGUCCUGCGAUGAUCUCUCAUCCUCCGGUCUGGUAUAAGCCUGAGUUAGUGAAGACAGAGAAGGAGCUGCAGGAUGAGGAGUUGAAGGAGCUCUUGACCAAACCAUUGCGCGAGGACAAGAAGAGCAGGAAGAAAAAGGCUAAGGCGGAGGAGAGUGAGACCGCAGAGGGUGCAUGA